AUGGCUUGGAUAAUUUUAGCUAUCGGUUUGUUGGGCUUGUCGCAAGCAGGAUGCAGAGAAAAUAAUAAUUAUGACGAGUAUACCUUGGUAAAGCUCUAUCCAAGAAACAGUUUACAAAUUGAAGCACUGAAAGCUUUAGAGCAACCAGGCCAUCAGUUAGAAAUUCUGAAAAGAAGCCGAAGUUUUAAUGACAGCACCGACGUGCUAGUGCCGCCUGACGAUGUAGGAUUUCUUAAAGAUUUUAUUAGUGCACAAAAUUUGGAAUAUGAAUUUAAGUCUAAUUAUGGCAGAUCGUUUGAGAGUCUCGAUAGGACGCCAAAAAGAAGAGUUUUACGUGGAUUUAGUAUUUAUGAAUAUCAUUCUUUUCCUGCUAUUCAAGAAUAUAUAGACAGUGUAGCGAAAAGACACCCAGAUUUAGUGAAACUACAGAAUCUAGGUACUAGUUAUCAAGGCAGACGGAUGAAACUUGUUAAGAUAUCCUCAGACCAUAAUGCUGGGAACCCUAUCAUAUUUAUUGAUGCCGGUAUUCACGCUCGCGAGUGGGCGGCGCCGGCGAUGGCACUGUACUUGAUACACCGGCUGGUCAACGACCCUGAGGCUCGUCAGGAUCUGGAUGGCGUAGAUUGGUACAUACUUCCGGUUGUCAACCCUGAUGGCUAUGAAUAUACGAGACUACAUCGGGGAAAUCGUUUGUGGAGAAAAACUAGAUCGAAGAACUCAGUUUACGAUUGCUUCGGCGUUGAUGGCAAUCGUAAUUACGGUUUCAAGUGGGCCGUUAGUGGAGUAUCAAACAAUCCAUGUGACAAAGAAACCUAUGCUGGACCUAAUCCAUUUUCAGAAGUAGAAACACAAAUAGUUAGAAAUAUUAUGAUGGAGAAUAGCAAGCGCUUAAAAUUAUAUGUUUCAUUGCAUUCAUAUGGACAAUAUUUGGUAUAUCCAUGGGGAUAUACAGGAGAAUAUUUGCCUAAAGAAUGGAAAAGAUUGGACACUUUAGCUAGAAUGGUCUCAAAUGCUGUAGUAAAAGCAGGAGGACAACCAUUUAAAGUGUUAAGUGCUGGAAAAUGGUAUCCGGCUGCUGGAGGUAGUGAUGACUUCGCAUUUGGGGCCGUUGGUGUCCCAUACUCAUAUACUAUGGAACUUACGGAUGGUUAUGAAUUUGUUUACCCUGAACGUCUAUUGCGGACAGUCCUACCACAAUACUUCGAAGGUUUCAGAAUUUUAGGAGCUCAGAUAAGAAAUGAAUUUUCAAGUAACGGAAAACAACAUAAGGAGAAAAGGUAUAAUGAAGAUGAUGGAACAAACAGU